CCCCCAGCAGUGUUUGACAAGCAUGGACGCAGCGAGAAUGGGAACACAACUUUGGGAAUAUGAGAUACAGUGACGAGCUUUUUUUUUUUUAAUACUCCUCAGAAAGCUGCUGUUUAAAAAUAAUAUAUAUAUAUAUUUGUACGAUGCUGCGUCUUCUUGCAACCCAGGGUUUGUACGACCUUUGUACGUGUAGUCAUCUUGUGGCGUCAUGUGUGAUCAAGAGGAAAGCCACACGUCUUCUCCCGGUCAGCAGCGCCUGUCACCGACCACACGUACUGGGCAGAACCUUCAACACCGGGAGCCCAGUAUGGAAAGAUGCUCCCCGGCCUCAGAUAGAUCAAUCAGGGGAACUAGACACAACAUAUCUGGAUAAAUGGAAAUCUGUCAUGAGGUCUAAUGUUGCACCAGCAGAGAAAGUCAGCAAAGGAGAGGAGGCGAAUGAGGACGGCGAAAACGAUGAACCUGGAGACACUUCGAAGUGCAGCUCUUCACUGGCGGCCACUCGGGAAAUGGUCGCGAUGUGGCGCGAAGCUGGGAAGUUCGUGCCCGAGGAGAUGACAGACGAACAGGUUCGGAUUGUGGCAGAGCUCACCACCAAGUCCGCCAGGAAGAAGUACCUGAAGUUUCUGGCGAUCAAAGAGGGCUACAAAAGGACACACAAAGAGAAGCAGCAGCAAAGGAUGGCGGAGAAGGAAGCGAUGAAGGAGCAGAAAGGAGGACAGGACAGUGGAGCCGAGGAACCUAAAAAUACGUUUGUGCGCAAGUUCUGGAGCCGCUCCCUGGACCAGCUCCUGGCCUGGAGGAGCGCCCAGGCUAUGUUGUUUGACCAGCCACUGGUGAUCGAUAUGAGCUACGACUCCAAAAUGUCCAGGAGAGAGUUGGAUAACACAGUCUCCCAGCUGAUGGAGGUGGAAGGGUGGAACCGGCGUGCCGUUGAGCCCUUCCACCUCCACUUCUGCAACCUGCAGGAAGACGGUGCGUACAUGCAGGAGCUGCUCAAACGCUACGGAGCAGAGACAUGGGACCGCCUGCUCGUCACCAGCAGCCACCGCCAGCAUGUCGACAUGUUCCCCCGUGAGCAGCUGGUGUACCUCACUGCAGACUCGCGCAACGUUCUCCGCAAGUUUGACCACUCCAAGGUCUACGUCAUUGGGGCUCUGGUGGACCGCUCAAUCCAGCCUGGGUUGUCUUUAGCCAACGCCAAGCGUCUGAAGCUGGCCACGGCCCGGUUGCCUCUGGAUGAGUUUCUCCACUGGGAGAUCGGGGCCAAAAACCUGACCCUGGACCAGAUGAUCCGCAUCAUGCUCACGAUCAAGGAGACCGGGAAAUGGGAGGAGGCGCUGAAGUUUGUGCCUCAGAGGAAGCAUGAUGGAUUCCACCAACAGAAGACUCAGAGAGUGACGAACAAUAACAGAGUCAUUGGUGCAACAAACCAUGGACAAAGGCUGAAUGUUGACAGGACAUUAAGCUCCAGAGAAGAGACGUUUAAAAGCGAGGGUCCAAGUUUUCACGGGUCCCGCAAGGAGUCAGGGUUAAACAAAGCAGCGGGGACAAAAGUACGGACGUCAUUUAAGAGCAACAUCGAGGGAAGGAAAGGUGCAGGCAAAAACAAAACGUGGUGGGACGAAGAGUGAAGUAAUAAAAUGAUCUAGUGAUAAUAAGGAUAUGUCUGUUUAGGGUCACCACCUGGGACAUUCGGUUAAUAAAAUGGUUGUUAUUGGUAUA